UAGUUCUUGCUAGCGCAGUGUCCGCCGUCGUCAAUCCGCCGUUAUCACCAGCGGCGCUUAUGAAAGUUGCUGUUAACCGCAGCUAUAGUGUCCAGCAGUCUUUCAGUUGCUCGUGCGACUUUUACCCGAACUGUUGCUUCGAAUGCACUAUACGAUAAGCUGUAAAUCAUUAUAAUAAAAUAAACUAAAAUAAUCAUUACACAAAAAGAAAAACUUGUGCUAGAAAAAAUUAAUCUCACCACAGUGCAAUAACAACAAAAUAAACAGAAAAAGUUGCCAACCAAACCAAAAGCAGCUAAAACUACACAAAAAACUAAAUAAAGAACUAACUCAAAAAAAAAAAACCCGAACUAAAAAGUAAUACAACAAACAAUAACAACAACUACAUUUAUCUUCAAAACCAGCUGAGCAACGCGUCCGCAUUUUUCGAACGAUUUCACAAGCAACGCACACAAAGCGUGCUAACGCCUGAGCACGCAACAAACUUCACCCCUAGCAGCCACCGACACAAUAACAACACCGCAGUAGUGGUCCAGUUCUUGCAACAGCAAACAACGCAGCAAGAAAUGACUUUGGCCUUAGCUACACACACAAGUUUCGCUGUAUAAUUGCAGCAGUGAGAAAAAGGAAAACAAAAAAACAACAACAACAAUAAUAAUAAAAAAGCAUUUACGGCCAGCGACGCCCAGUCAAAGGCAAGCCACUGACAUCGAACUAACUGCAUUUGAGGCCAGAGUAUUUUGUGCCACACAACAACAACAACAAGUGUAAGCUGUGUGGAAGGCAUAGCCAGCCAAAGGCGAAAUUGAAAACGCAAACAAAUACAAAAACAACAAAUUAAUAAGCAACAAAUACAACAACUAGUUGACAGGCGCAGAACGUUAAGCAAACUGGCGCGCAUGCGAUGUAAAUUGUAUAUUUAAAUUGCCAGCCAACACACACACACAGUGUUGCAUACACCAACAACUUGCAACGUGUUGCAUGCAUGAAGCUGUAGUGAAGCCACAAAAGCGUACGCACAGCACCAUCGCCUGCAUUUGCCACAACGCAGAUAGCAACAGAAAGCAACAACAACAACAAUAGCAACAAGCGCAAAACACUUUGCGUGCAACACAGUUAGUUAGUUAGCUUUGUGUGGCACAAGUGUAGCCGCACAGAAACCAGCGCUCUUCGUGCUCAUCGUACUGCCAACAGCAGCAGCAGCGAUAACAAUAACAACAACAUACGCACCGCCUUAUCUCCCUCUUGACCUGCAUGAUGGGCACAAUACGUCAAAUAAAACCGGCCUCAUUUCCACCGCCUGCCUGCGACGCAACUACCCAUGCCACAGCAGCCACCGCAACGAGAACGUCAAACAGGAAUUCCACUUCAAGCAUGUCAAGUAAAUAUAGUGCAAAUAAUGCAAACAAAAUGCAUCAAGCAGCAACAGCAACAACAACAGAAAUGUUGAAAACAGCAACAAAUACACCAAGCAAUGCAACACAGCAGAAACAACAAGACAACAAACACCUGCAUCCCAACAACUACAACAACAAUACAAACGCAUGGCAAACGUUAAAAGCGGUUGCCGCAUCACUGCUGCCGCUGCUCGCAUUUCUGCUGCUGCUCAGCGACAGUGCAACACCAACACAGGCGACGCCCGUCUUUGUCGACAAUCCAAGCUUAGCACAGUUUCAAUCAGGUCGUAAUAUACGACAUUUACCCUGCAUUGUACGCAAGUCUGGACGCUCGGGUGUUUGUAUGUUCGCCAUCGAUUGUAUUAAACAGAAUGGCACACAUUUGGGCACGUGCAUUGAUCGUUUCUAUUUUGGUUCAUGUUGUCAGCUGAAGGAUGACGCUGCUCUCUUCGCGCCCGAAAUCAGCGAUAAUAGCAUCGAUCAAAACACAAUUUCACACUUUCCACACGAGUCGACCACACUACCCACUAGCACACUGUUCAAACUCACCACUCUCGGCCCACACCACACAGUACAAAGUAGCAGCAAUAGUAUUAGCGAAACGGUGAGGAAUGUAACACAAAGUUAUCUGCAACAAAACAGUCCCAUACACGGCGCUAAUGGCAGUAGCAGCAUCAGCAACAGCGAUAAGGGCGAUACAACACCAAUCAUAACAACGAACACAACAAAACCAGUUAAGCUGACUACAACAACUGCGCCAAAACGUCCAGCAGUGCAUACAACACACAAGACGUCACAGUUUGUGGUGCGUACCACGGCGAAGCCAACUGUUGCACCAACAACAAUAAAGCCACCACGACGCAAAACUACAGUUACGAGACCUGUACUCACCACGACCGCAACUCAAUUGGAUACACGUGUGGAAGUCACCACGCAGCCACCGAAAUUCUUUACUUUCCAGAUUGUAGAGACCACUACGCCAUCGGGAACGGAGAGUAAUAUAAAGUCAGAUGAAGUGACGACCACACAACGGCCGGUACAUACUACGAAUCGUUAUCGACCACGUCCAACAACCACCGAAGUACCUACACAAUAUGUAACCACCACCCUGAAACCAGCUGAGAGAUUUACUACGCGUCCGAGACCCUUGAUUACGCGUCGACCGACGACAAGUCGGAAACCGCCGCAGACGAAGCCACGCCCCACGUCGAGCGCUAAGCCGACCAGACGGCCAGUGGAUGCCGACACCAACGAAGCGGUGAAACCGAUUUUACUAAAUGUCACCACAACUGGCAGUAGGCCGGUGGCAACAACACAUCGCCGUCCAACACCAACACCGGCUACAACCAUAAGUAAUGACGAGUUACCCACCACUGUGCAAGAAACCAAGGUGCCAAAGCCAGCUGAGUCCGUACCGCAAACGACACAUGCGCCAAGGCCACGACCCCAGCCGACAGCAGAGAUUGUGAAGGUACCAUUUGUCAGCGCUGGACCUACAACAGCAUCGCCGGCACCAACAACUUCUACAACAACCGCCGCGCCGACUACCACAAGAACUACAACGAAGCGUCCAAGUAGCACAACAACCCACACGAAACCAACAGCGCCGAGCACCACCACAACAACAACAGCAAGAACAACAACAACUACGCAGAAGCCAACAACACCAAAGCCUCAUAGAACCACUACAACUACGACCUCAACGACAACCACGAGAGCUCCAAUCAGCAGUACCACACCACAACCGCCAGUCUUGACUACAGAUUCACCUAAAGUCGAGGUACCAAUGCUUGAGCUGACGACAACAACGCCUGGUUUGAUAACUUGGACAAAUAUAGACAACGAGCCGACGACCAUCAACGCAACCUUCGAGUGGGGUCCACCACCAACCGCGCUCACGCAAGAUGCUAGCAAUAAAACAGCGGAAUCACCAAUCACCACAAAUGCCACAGCUUUCACCACGUCAUCGCCACCCAUCACCAGCACCAUGAUAUCCGUUUCAACCAGUAUUAGUGAAAUAAUGAGCAACAUAACCUCAAUUAUGCCCAAACCGGAAAGACCAUCGUCGGUGAUGAGUACACGUCCACCUAAACCGAAGCCCACGAAAACAACGGAGAGUCCCGCACCAAGUACGAUAUCUACACCGAGCAGUACAAGCACCACCACAACUACGACAACAACAACGCCGAAACCCAAACCUAAGCCUACGAUACCGUCAACAACAACCACUUCAACAACUACUACCACCACCACAACAACAACCACUGAGGCACCUAUUGAAUUGGUGGAGGAGACAUCGUCGUCAACAACUAGCGCCGAGCAGAGUACCGAAGGUUUCUCCACCACUGGCAGUGGUAUCUUUGGCACCACCGAUUACAGCACUGAGGAUUUCAAUGGCACUUUGUCAUCUUCGACAUCGGCGCCGGUGAACUCGUUGGAGGGCAUGGAUUACAGACAAAUUUGCGGUCGUCGCAUGUUCCCCGAACCGCGUAUUGUGGGUGGCUCGAAUGCCGCUUUCGGACGUUGGCCAUGGCAGAUAUCGCUGCGACAGUGGCGCACGUCGACUUAUCUGCAUAAAUGUGGCGCGGCGUUGCUGAAUGAGAAUUGGGCCAUCACAGCGGCGCAUUGCGUGGAAAAUGUACCACCAUCUGAUCUCUUGCUGCGCAUGGGCGAAUACGAUCUGGCGGAAGAGGAGGAACCUUACGGCUAUCAGGAGCGACGCGUACAAAUUGUAGCUUCUCAUCCACAAUUCGAUGCGAGAACUUUCGAAUAUGAUUUGGCGUUACUGAGAUUCUACGAGCCCGUCGUCUUCCAACCCAACAUCAUACCGGUUUGUGUGCCCAACAGUGACAUCGAUUUCGUGGGACAAACAGCAUUCGUCACCGGCUGGGGACGACUCUACGAAAAUGGACCACUGCCAAGCGUGUUGCAAGAAGUCGCUGUACCAGUGAUCAACAACACAAUCUGUGAAUCGAUGUACCGUGUAGCCGGUUUCAUUGAGCACAUACCGCACAUCUUCAUUUGUGCGGGCUGGAAGAAGGGCGGCUAUGACUCUUGUGAAGGUGACUCUGGCGGUCCGAUGGUGCUACAGCGCGAAGACGACAAACGCUUCCAGUUGGGCGGCGUCAUUUCUUGGGGCAUCGGCUGUGCGGAGGCCAAUCAACCGGGCGUUUAUACGCGCAUCUCCGAAUUCAGAGAUUGGAUUAAUCAAAUAUUGCAGUUCUAAGGCAAACAACAAAAACCACACACAGCGUUUAUAUACCGAAAUACAUAAAUAUGUUUGUAUUGUAUUUAUAUUAGAGUAGCGAAGAUUUUUUAGUAUUUAGUAUUUAAAUAAUUUUAUUUUAGUAGUUUAGCAGACAGUUCAUUUCUCAUUCUCUUCUAAACUCGCUCAGUAAAGCCCAAUUUAAAAAAUGAAAGCCACAAGCAAAACGGUAACGGUAAAUGAAGAAUCUAAUUGGUAAAUAUUUACAAUUAUCACUUCAACGCCACACACACACGAACUUAUGGGUGUGUGUGUGUGAAAUUUUUGAAAGAGAAAAGCAAAACUCGUGCUUUGGUUAUAGCAAAUACAAAUAUUGGUGAGCUACUAACGCACCCAUUCAACAUAACAGUUAUAAUCAAAGCAACGACUUGCAUGAAUUUCCGCUUCCCCACGCAUAUGAACAACAAAAAUCAAUAUUAGAAAAAUAAAAUCAGAAUUUUUUGGAAUUAAAAAAAAAAUAUUUUCAUAAAAAUAUAAAAAAAAUUAAAAAAAAAAAUUUAUAAAAAAGAAUUUAAUAAAAAAUAAAUUAAUAUAGCGUAAAAAAACAUUUUAACUAUUUAUAUACAUAUCCAUACAAACAUUAAUUAUAUGUAAAAUAAUUACAAAAAAAUUACCGUUAGCAUUAUUCAUAUUGUACAUACAUUGAUAUU